AUGGGUUCCUUGAAAAACGAUUUGCGGGGAGUCUUCCGUGGGCUCUCCCUCACAGAUAAGCUACUUCCGCUUCUUAUCAUCCUAGCUAUAGUGCUAGGUGUGCUUUUAUCCGUCUAUGUGCCCAGCAGCAGAACCGCUUUGGAUAGUUCCAAGGUGGUGGGUGUCUCAGUGCCUUUGGCAGUUGGAUUGAUCGUGAUGCUUCUUCCGCCGCUAUGCAAAGUCGAGUGGGAGAACGUGCUCAAGUACUUCUCCAGAUCCACCUACCUCAAGCCCAUCUUGUUUUCGCUUGUGCUCAACUGGAUCAUUUGCCCGUUUUUCAUGUUCGGGUUGGCAUGGUUGACUCUUUUCGACCAGGACGAAUACCGGACGGGUAUUAUCAUGAUCGGCUUGGCCAGAUGCAUCGCCAUGGUCUUGUUGUGGAACGAUAUCGCCGAUGGCGACAACACCUUGUGUGCGGUUAUUGUCAUUGUGAACAGUGUGCUACAGAUCGUGCUCUAUGCGCCCUACCAGAUUUUCUUCUGUUAUGUAAUUACUGGCCAUUACCAGCAGACUUCCAGCUCUGUCACCUACUCAUUGGUGGCUAAGAGUGUCGCCUUUUUCAUGGGUGUUCCUUUUGGACUUGGCGUCUUAAUCAGACUCGUGGGAAGAGCCCUUUUGGGAUCCAAGCGUUACGAUACGAAAUUCCUACCAUUUGUGAGUCCCUGGGCGCUUAUCGGGCUUCUCUACACUAUUGUGGUCAUUUUCAUGGAGAAGGGUAACGACUUUAUUCAGGAUAUUGGCUCUGCCUUCCGCUGUUUCGUUCCAUUGGUUGUCUAUUUCAUCGGCACCUUCUUCGGAACCCUCUUUUUGCUUCGCUGGUUGUACACUUACAGAAUCUUCGAAAGCAGACACGUGGAAAGCGACGAGACGGAGACCUCUGAUGAGAAGAAGCCUCUUUGCGGUUGCGAGAAAACAAAGGAUUUGUACCCUGAGAAGUUCUCCUACGGCUGUGCUGCUCCUUACGGUGCAACUGUGGCUCAGACCUUCACGGCUGCAUCCAACAAUUUCGAGUUGAGUCUCGCCAUUGCCAUUUCCAUCUACGGUUCCGGAAGUAAGCAGGCUAUCGCUGCCACUUUUGGCCCGCUUAUUGAGGUACCAGUCUUGUUGUUGCUUGUGUUUGUUGCAAGAUACUUUAAGGUGAGGUUUGUCUGGAUCGACGUUGAGCCUCUUCAGGAUGCUGAUGAGGAAGCUGAGGAGGAGGCAGGAGAGGCUGUUGUGGAGGCCUAA